GGCCGGCCCGGGACACUCUUGAAAGUGGCUUCUCUCUGCACUGGGGGCGGAGGCGACCUCGGCGUCAGAGAAAACAUGGCCGAGUAUGCGCGGCUGCCGAACCGUCUGGCGCUGAUUCGCCUCCGAAACCCGCCGGUCAACGCAAUCAGUCGGGCUGUACUCUAUGGAAUAAAAGAGGGACUGCAGAAAGCGAUAAGCGAUCGUACAGUAAAAGCCAUUGUGAUUUGUGGAGCAGAUGGCAAAUUCUCUGCAGGUGCUGAUAUCCGCAGCUUCCAAGCUCCGAGACUUUCUGAUUUCUCGUUGGGAAACUUAGUAGAUGAAAUACAGAGAAAUGAGAAGCCGGUGGUAGCAGCUAUCCAAGGCCUGGCUUUAGGAGGGGGACUCGAGCUGGCCCUGGGCUGUCACUACAGGAUUGCCCAUGCAGAGGCUCGAGUUGGCUUCCCAGAAGUCACACUAGGACUUCUUCCUGGUGCAAGAGGAACCCAACUUCUCCCCAGACUCAUUGGAGUUCCUACUGCACUCGACUUAAUUACCUCAGGAAGACAUGUUUUGGCAAGUGAAGCACUCAAGCUAGGUAUCCUGGAUGAAAUUGUAAACUCAGACCCAGUUGAAGAAGCAGUCAAAUUCGCACAGCAAGUUUCAGAUCAAUCUCUAGAAUCUCGUAGACUCUGCAACAAGUCAGUUCAGAGCCUGCCCAACAUGGACACCAUUUUCCACGAAGCCCUUUUGAAGAUGCGGCGGCAGUAUCCUGGGUGCCUCUCUCAGGAGACUUGUGUCCGUGCGGUCCAGGCAGCCGUGCAGCAUCCCUAUGAGGUGGGCAUCAAGAAGGAGGAGGAGCUGUUUAUGUACCUUCAGGAAUCAGGGCAAGCUAGAGCCCUGCAAUAUGCCUUCCUGGCUGAGAGGGAGGUAAAUAAGUGGUCAACUCCCUCUGGAGCAUCCUGGAAAACAGCAUCGGCCCAGCCUAUCUCCUCAGUUGGCGUUCUUGGUUUGGGAACCAUGGGCCGAGGCAUCGUCAUUUCUCUUGCAAGGGCCAACAUCCCUGUGAUUGCUGUAGAAUCAGACAAGAAGCAGCUCGAAACUGCGAACAGUAUAAUAACCUCCCUCUUGGAAAAGGAAGCAUCCAAAAUGCAGCAGAAUGGCCAGCCUUGGUUGGGACCAAAACCCAGGUUAACUACUUCUAUGAAGGAGCUUGGUGGUGUGGAUUUAGUCAUUGAAGCAGUAUUUGAAGAAAUGAGCCUGAAGAAGCAGGUGUUUGCUGAACUGUCAGCCAUAUGCAAGCCAGAAGCUUUUCUGUGCACCAACACUUCAGCCCUGGACGUCAAUGAGAUUGCUUCUUCCACUGAUCGUCCUCACUUGGUCAUUGGCACCCACUUCUUCUCACCAGCUCAUGUCAUGAAGUUGUUAGAGAUUAUCCCCAGCCAGUACUCUUCCCCCACUACUAUUGCCACUGUUAUGAACCUAGCAAAAAAGAUUAACAAAAUCGGAGUAGUUGUAGGCAACUGCUUUGGAUUUGUUGGGAAUCGAAUGUUGAAUCCUUAUUACAAUCAGACUUACUUCUUGUUGGAAGAAGGCAGUAAGCCAGAGGAGAUAGAUCAGGUGAUAGAAGAGUUUGGUUUUAAAAUGGGACCUUUUAGAGUGUCUGAUCUUGCUGGGUUAGAUGUAGGUUGGAAAUCUCGGAAGGGGCAACAUCUUACUGGACCUACGUUGCCUCCAGAAACUCCUGCCCGAAAGCGAGGCAGCAGUAGAUAUUGCCCAAUUCCAGAUACGCUCUGUGAACUUGGACGAUUCGGCCAGAAGACAGGUAAGGGUUGGUACCAAUAUGACAAGCCAUUGGGUAGGAUUCACAAACCUGAUCCCUGGCUUUCCAAAUUUCUGUCACAGUACAGAGAAACCCACCACAUUGAACCACGUAUCAUUAACCAAGAUGAGAUCCUUGAGCGCUGCUUAUAUGCUCUCAUCAAUGAAGCUUUCCGAAUCUUGGGGGAAGGAAUAGCUGCUGGCCCAGAGCACAUUGACGUUGUCUAUUUACAUGGGUAUGGAUGGCCAAGGCACAGGGGUGGGCCCAUGUUCUACGCUUCCACCGUAGGACUGCCCACAGUGCUAGAGAAGUUGCAGAAAUAUUACAGGCAGAAUCCUGAUAUCCCCCAACUCGAACCCAGUGAUUAUCUGAAAAAACUGGCUUCCCUGGGAAACCCCCCUCUGAAAGAAUGGCAAAGCUUGGCAGGGCCCCCCAGCAGUAAAUUGUGAUUCGGCCUUCCAGGUUAUACCUGACAUGCUGGCAUGUAGGUAUUGCUCACUGAAUUUCAGUGAAAUUCCAUCCAAAGAUCCAGAUUAAGAUUGCUCUGAAAUAUAAAGCAAAAGAAAUAGUCAGUUUAAACCUCCUCUUUGGGUCUUCUGUCUGAUGAUUCUAAUGGGACAAAACUUUAGGAAUGUGCUUCCUAUGCCUCUGAAUCUAUCCCUAUCAGAUAAAUUAUUUCAGUCCCAAUGAAUAAACUUGUGUUGAUACCAUGAUAGCUAGGGAGAGAGCCUCAGGAAGAAGUUGAGGUUCCCAGGUGCUUUGAUCAAUGGAGAAUUGUCAUAAAUUAAUAAAUCAUGAAUGGA